CUAUUCCAUCUCCAAACCCUUCUAUCCCUCUCGCUUUCGCUCAUUCUCUCAGCUUUCCAUUCCUAAUUCUCUCACUGUGCCACCGUUUAUGUUGGUCUGAACAUGGGAAUUUGGAAACCGGCAUGGUUGGAGGCUCUUGACACACAGAAGUUCUUUGCGGCUUGUUCCCUUCACGAGAACGCGAAGAAGAACAUUUGCUGUUUGGAUUGCUGCACUAGUAUCUGCCCGCAGUGCGUGCCGUCGCACCGCUUCCAUAGGCUGGUGCAGGUCCGGCGUUAUGUUUACCAUGAUGUGGUGAGACUGGAGGACAUCGAGAAGCUUAUAGACUGUUCUAAUGUGCAGUCAUAUAUUAUUAAUAGCUCCAAGGUUGUGUUCCUUAAGAAGAGGCCUCAGAGCAGACAGUUUAAGGGAUCAGGGAACAUCUGUACCUCCUGUGACAGGAGCCUUCAAGAACCUUACAUCCAUUGCUCUCUGGGCUGUAAGGUGGACUUCAUAUUAAGGCAAAAGAAGGAUCUUUCCCUAUACUUGAGGACAUGCGAGACGCUUCAACUGAGUCCAGACUUCUUCAUCCCCCAUGAUGCCGACGAUGAGGCCAACGAGACCACCCACUCCACCGUCAUGGAAGGUGAGGAGCCCAUGGGCUCAUCAGACUCGGAAAAUUUCCAUCCGCCGUGCACCGAGUUUGUCCGCAAGAAGAGAAGUGGGCUCUAUGCUUGUGCAAGGUCAGCAACCAGAGUUUCUGAUGAGGAUAUGCCCACAAACAUGAGCAGAAGAAAAGGCAUUCCACACAGAUCUCCUCUGUGCUAAAAGCUGAUACUCUCGACUGCUGCUUUCUCCCUUCCUAUUAAACUAGCUAAUCAGUUCUUCUUUCUCCUUUUUCCUCUUUUCUUCUUCUGGCAUCAAUGGCCCCAUAUGAGUCCUAUUCCAAGCUUUCAAUGUGAAUUUUCCCAAGGCUAUUUUAAUCAAUUCUUCUUCUAAGUCAUGAAAUGGAGCUCUUAUUAAUUAAGCUGUCUCCUGGAC